CUUCCGUUGCUAGCAGUGCCGGCAGCGUCAGCAAUGCGGCCUAUGCCAUUCUGCGCGGUUUUCGCUCCCCUUUUCAAGCGUUUUUUUCAUCAUAUUGCUCCCAGCUGUGAGCAAUUGCUGAGCUAGUGGUUACGAGGGGGAGACACCUUUAUCGCUGACUGAUUUUUUAAUUACUCCCCAUGUGAUUAGGGGAACUCAAAUAUUGAACAAAUACAUAAUUUUGUAUAAGAAAAAUGCUUCUAAUUUCCAGAAGUUUGUGGCGCAGUCAACAAAUCGUUCAAUUAAGCAGAUUUAGAGCACUCGAGACUUUAGCAUCGAAGUCAACUGCACUUGUACAAGUGGGGAAUUGUGAAGGGUUAACAGCAGCAGCACCGGCAAAUCACACAAUGAGUGGACGUAACCGGGGUGGUGGCGGAGGAGGCGGCUUUCGCUAUGGAGGUGGUGGUGGUGGGUAUGGUGGCGGCGGUGGCGGUGGCGGUGGUUAUGGAGGUGGCAGUUAUGGGGGAAAUAAAGGUUACGGUGGCGGCGGUGGAAGUGGUGGUUACAAUGGUAACUACCGUGGCGGUUACAAUGGCUACGGGGGCUCCAACAAUAUAAGUCCCUACAAUGGUCCAGGGCCAAAUGACUUAAUGCAGCUAAUGAGUGCAAUGGCGAGUAAUUUUAAUAUGAAUCCGCCGCCCCCACCACCUGCACGCAUGACAUGCGGCGAGUUGCGGGGCAAUCACUGUGGCAUGCUGGUCGAGUUAACUGGGCGUCUAAUCAAAAAGCGCGUUGCGCGUUUCGUUGAAUUACGUGAUCGCAGUGGUGGUGCAUCGCAACUGGUCAUUUUGGAGGAUAAGUAUCCACGUGUAGCACGUCGCAUGCAGAAUAUGCCCGAAAACACCAUGUUAACCAUAGUGGGUGUGGUAAAUCCACGUCCAAAGAAUUCAUGCAAUCAGACUAUGCCCACAGGCGAUAUCGAAGUGGAAGUGCAAGAGAUCAUGAAUAUUGACUUUCCAAGUGGUGGAAAGGGUAUGGGCAACAAGCGCACUUACAGCACCAUGGCGAAACAAAAUAACUGCGGCAUCACAAGCACUGAAUACAAGAUAGCCAAAAGUGAAAAUAUUUUAAAGUAUUUUGAGAACCGUGAUAUCAGUUGUAAUGACUUGCGGCGCGAGGAUAUUGGAAAGACUGUGACGCUUGUAGGCUGGAUACCACCAUCAAAAACUUGCAAAUUUUUACAAUUGAAAGAUGGUUAUGGACAGACGCAAAUUAUAGUGGAAGAGCAAGCGAUGCAAGACACUUGCCUCUCAGCACCAGAGGGCACGGUAAUACAAGUCACCGGCAAAGUUUUGGGUAGACCGCGCGCUAACAUCAAUUUGAAAUAUGACACCGGCGAGGUAGAAGUUAUGGUCGAUAGUGUUAAGAUCUUGAAUCCUGACGACCCCUAUGAUGGACCCAUUAAAAACAAAGAGAAGGUGCAGAAAUUGUCGAUCGAUGACUUGGAGUCCGAUGCUACUUCCAAAAAUGGGGAUGCCGCUGUUGGUGCUGUCGGCAAAAUUGAAAAGGCAAAAAUUGCCGAUUUGAACAAAUUUGCUGGGCGCACGCACACUUGCGGUGAAUUGAGCAUAGAUAAUAUUAAUGAGAAAGUGACCAUCUGUGGUUGGCUGGAAUUCCAACGUAUGGGUAAAUUCUUCAUACUGCGUGACGGUUAUGGGCAAACGCAAGUGUUGAUCACGCCUAAAGCCAAAGGCGUGGAAAAAUAUGCCGAAGGUUUUUCAUUAGAGUCAAUUAUACGUGUCGAAGGUACGGUUAUACCGCGACCUGCUUCCACCAUAAAUAAUAACAUGAAAACUGGUCAUAUUGAAAUUGAGGCAGAAACGGUGGAGGUGCUCAAUGCAGCUAAGAAAAAUUUGCCCUUUGAGGUGCGGCGUUACAAUCGUGCUGGCGAGCGUUUGCGUCUGACACAUCGUUACCUGGAUUUGAGAUUCACCGAUAUGCAAAAUAAUUUACGCACGCGUUCCGCUGUAAUUAUGCGUAUGCGUGAAUAUCUUAUCAACUAUUUGGGUUUUGUUGAAGUCGAGACGCCUACAUUAUUCCGUCGCACUCCUGGUGGGGCACAGGAAUUUGUUGUGCCCACACGCAAGCCCGGUCACUUCUAUUCAUUGGUGCAAAGUCCACAGCAAUUUAAGCAAAUGUUAAUGGCUGGGGCAAUAGAUCGCUACUUCCAAGUUGCACGUUGCUAUCGCGACGAGGCCACACGUCCUGAUCGUCAGCCAGAAUUUACACAGCUCGAUAUUGAAUUGUCCUUUACAACGCGCGAAGAUGUCAUGCAGCUGAUCGAGGAGGUGUUGCGCUAUUCGUGGCCAAAGCAAUUUCCACCUAUACAGACGCCUUUCCGGCGCAUCACCUACGAGGAGGCCAUGGAAAAGUAUGGUACCGAUAAGCCUGAUACACGCUUUGGUUUCACUAUGACCAAUGUCACCGAAAUUAUUGAGAAAAACGAGACCUUUGCCCAGAAGUACAAUGACCUAGCCGCCUAUGCUAUUGUUGUGCGUGGCACUGAUGCUGUUUGGAGCAAUGCUACGCGUAAACGUUACGAGAGUCUCAGCAAGGAAUUCAGCUGCUCACUAUUUGUGCGCAAAUUUCUGGAAUACAAAGAUGUGCUAGAACGUUUAACAAAUUUCCUGACCAAUGAUGUGGCACGUGAGCUGAUUGAGAAAUUUGUUUUGGAAGAAAACGAUUUAAUAUUUCUUGGCAUAGGCGAAAUGCGCGCAGUGCGUGCGCUGAUGGGUCGCAUACGCCUCGAAUACCAUGCCUUCCAAUUGGAGAAUACAAAGCGUGAGAAGAGGGAAAAUAAAUUCUGUUGGGUGGUAGAUUUUCCCAUGUUUGAGCGCAAUCCGGAAACGAAUGAAUUGGAGAGCGUGCACCAUCCAUUCACAGCGCCACAUCCUGAUGAUAUGAAAAAAUUCAUGAACGCCAAGGAAAAUGAACUUGAAGAGGUGCGUUCACAAGCCUACGAUUUGGUACUCAACGGACAGGAGGUUGGCGGCGGUUCGAUACGUAUACACGAUCGCGAUAUGCAACAUUUUGUGCUCGAGCACAUACUGAAAAUACCGCAUGAGCAUUUGGGUCAUUUGUUGAGCGCUCUGGAGUCUGGUUGUCCACCGCAUGGCGGCAUUGCACUUGGACUCGAUCGUCUAAUUGCGAUCAUUUGUCGCGCUCGCACAAUGCGUGAUGUUAUUGCAUUCCCUAAGUCAUUGAAUGGAGUUGAUCCGCUCUCGAACGCGCCAGUACCGAUUUCGGAUGAAGAGAAAGCGCUCUAUCAUUUAGCUGUGAUUGAGGAUGAGAGCCAAUCAACAGAGCAUGCUGUUGAGGAUGAUGAUCCGGAUGCAGGGCGUGCAACGCCAUCACCGGAACCAACCGAUGGCAUGGUGGUGGAUGGUGAUGGAGAUAUUAAUGCGGAUGCGGAUGUCAAACCUUCUAUUAGUGAUGCUGAAGUGACUGUUGUGAAAGAAGAGAAAUUUGAUACUCCUGAAAAAAUUCAACCAGCUGCGAAAGCUGCGGCAGCACCCAUUAAAGCUGCGGCAGCACCCACUAAAGCUGCGGCAGCACCCACUAAAGCUGCUGAUAAAACAGCCACUCCAGCAAGAGCUAAGCGGGUGGUAGCAGCAGUUGGCAAAAAGAAGUAAAUUUAAUUGAUGUACAUACAUGCAUGCUUUGCCUGACCAUGCGCCAAGUGUUUGCGCAGAAUUAUAUCUUUACGUUAUUUAUAUUCUAAUAGCUUUAUUCAUAAAAAAUAAAGCAGCUUUAAAAAAUAUUUAUAAAUUGGAAAAUGUGUGAAAACAUCAUUUUAUAAAGCUUUUUAAAACUACUUUAUUUUUUAUGAACAAGGCCAUAAGUAUUUACUAAUCCUUAAAUUCAAAAGAACGUUGUUGUGGCAUAGUCAUUUAAAGCUAAACUAUUUCGCAAUAGAUUAAUAAGAAUUUCGACUCGUUGUGCAUGUCCGACGCACAUGUUGAAAUGUUUUUUACAAUUAUUUAGCGUAGCAAACAUUUUUAUUUUAAGUGAAUUUUUUCAUGCACUCGAACCAUGAUUCAAUAA